GACACAAAAUGUUAGUGCAAAUUUUUAUUAACGCAGCAACAUUUUGUGUUAGUGUGAAUGAUAAAAAUAUUAUUAUACUACGUAUAUUUUUUGUGUAACUUUGGGGUACACUUUUUGGUGUAAGUGUAGCAUGGUUCUUAUAUACUCCGUAUAUUCACCACACCCUAUUUAAACCCCCCUCUUUCAUUCUUCCCAUGAUAAUAGUCACACUCUUUCUUUCUCUCUCUCUCUCUCUCUCUCUUCAAAGUUAUGGUGCAAAUGUCUAAGCCAAUUGUAGAAAGUUUUUCAGACAUAAAGCCCAGCAAGAACCCUAAUAACCAUAUUAGCAUUAAUGAUGUUAUACCAGUGGUAGACCUAAUGGAGCCCGAAGAGGCAAAACACCUCAUAGUAAAGGCAUGUGAGGAGGUUGGGUUCUUUAAGGUUGUCAACCAUGGUGUCCCCAUUGAAGCCAUUGACAAGCUGGAAGCUGAGGCUUUGAGAUUCUUUGGCUUGCCCCAACAUGAAAAAGACCAAGUUGCCCCUGCAAACCCCUAUGGCUAUGGCUGUAAGAAGAUCGGCAACAAUGGUGAUGUGGGUUUGGUUGAGUACCUUCUCCUCGCUGCCAACCCGGAACUCAUGGUCUCUCAGCGGAGCUCCAUCGCCAUUCCCGGCGAUUCUCAACUCUUUUGGAAUGCCGUGUCCGAGAAUGUUGGAGCAGUGAGAGAAAUGGCAUGCAAAGUGCUGGAAAUGAUAGCCCAAGGGUUGAAGAUGGAGGAGAAGAAUGGACUGAGCAAGCUAAUAAGUGAUGAGAAGAGUGAUUCUUUCUUCAGGCUAAACCACUACCCGCCGUGCCCGAAUCUUAUUAACGAAGCGGCUCAUCAUCGGGUGGGUGAGUUGAGGAUAGGGUUCGGAGAGCACACCGACCCGCAACUCAUAUCCGCGAUAAGAUCCAACGACACGACCGGGUUGCAAAUCUGUCUGAGAGACGGUACUUGGGUUUCUGUCCCUCCUGACCCCUCCUCCUUCUUCAUUAACGUCGGCGACGUCCUCCAGGCGAUGAGCAACGGGAGGUUUAGGAGUGUAAGGCACAGGGUGGUGGCUGACAGCUGGAAGGCUAGGGUGUCCAUGAUCUACUUUGGAGGCCCCCCUUUGAAUGAAAAGAUUGCCCCUUUGCCUUGUUUCAUGGCUCUAGGGGAAGAACGCCUGUACCAUGACUUCACAUGGUGCCAAUACAAGAACUCUGCUUACAUGACUACCCUCGGUGAAAACAGACUCUUUCAUUUCCAACAUUAAUUCACUUUUCUUUUCCUACCUAUGCCUACCUACCUA